GGCUCGCCCCCUCCGCUCCGCACGCUCGCCCUCAGCGCCGGGCCCGGCGCUCCCCGCCCGGUGCCGGGCCCGGGCUCGGCCUCUGCGCAGCGCGGCCCGCUCCGGUUCGGCCCGGCCCGCCACGGGGAGGAUGGGGCAGCCGCGGCGGCCGGUGAGCGGCAGCGGCCCGGCGGCGCCAUGACCGGCGAGAAGAAGAAGAAGAAGCGGCUCAACCGCAGCGUCCUGCUGGCCAAGAAGAUCGUGAUCCGGGACGGGGCCGGCCGCCAGGGGAUCGGGGAGCCCAGUGUGUACCACGCUGUGGUUGUGAUUUUCCUGGAGUUCUUUGCCUGGGGGCUGCUGACCACGCCAAUGCUGACGGUCUUACACCAGACUUUUCCUCAGCACACAUUCCUGAUGAAUGGUCUGAUUCAUGGAGUCAAGGGUCUGCUCUCUUUCCUAAGUGCCCCACUGAUUGGUGCUCUCUCUGAUGUCUGGGGCAGGAAAUCCUUCCUCCUUCUCACCGUCUUCUUCACGUGUGCACCAAUUCCCCUGAUGAAGAUCAGCCCCUGGUGGUACUUUGCUGUCAUUUCCAUGUCUGGAGUGUUUGCUGUCACCUUUUCUGUGAUUUUUGCCUACGUUGCUGAUAUCACACAGGAGCAUGAGCGCAGCACGGCGUACGGCCUGGUGUCAGCCACGUUUGCUGCCAGCCUGGUCACCAGCCCGGCCAUCGGCGCGUACCUGUCCCAAGCCUAUGGUGACACCUUGGUGGUUGUGCUGGCUUCAGGGGUUGCUUUGCUGGAUAUUGGCUUCAUCCUGCUGGCUGUGCCCGAGUCACUGCCUGAGGAGAUGCGUCCAGUCUCCUGGGGAGCCCCAAUCUCCUGGGAACAAGCUGACCCAUUCGCUUCCUUGAGGAAGGUGGGUCAGGACUCCACAGUGCUGCUCAUCUGCAUCACAGUCUUUCUCUCCUACCUUCCUGAGGCCGGCCAGUACUCCAGCUUCUUCCUCUACCUGAGACAGGUCAUUGGUUUUUCCUCAGAGACUGUAGCAGCCUUUAUUGGUGUAGUUGGAAUUCUCUCUAUACUGGCUCAGACAGUGGUGUUGGGAAUUCUCAUGCGCUCCAUAGGGAAUAAAAACACCAUCCUCCUGGGCCUGGGCUUCCAGAUCCUGCAGCUUGCCUGGUAUGGCUUUGGAUCACAGCCUUGGAUGAUGUGGGCAGCAGGAGCUGUGGCUGCCAUGUCCAGCAUCACCUUCCCAGCCAUCAGUGCCAUGGUGUCGAGGAGCACAGACCCUGAUCAGCAGGGUGUGGUGCAGGGGAUGAUCACUGGAAUUCGGGGUCUGUGUAAUGGCCUGGGGCCAGCACUCUAUGGUUUUGUCUUCUAUCUCUUCCACGUGGAGCUGAACGAAAUGGCUGAGGUGGAAACGUUGGGCAAGGCCUCCAAACCCAACAUGGCCAACCCUACAGAUGAGAGCAGCAUCAUCCCUGGGCCACCCUUCCUGUUCGGGGCGUGCUCCGUGCUGCUGUCGCUGCUGGUGGCCCUGUUCAUUCCUGAACACAACCUGGCCCUGAGGUCAGGCAGCCACAAGAAGCACAGUGCAGGGGCCCAGGCCCACCCCCACAGCCCACCAGCUGGGGGGUCUGAUGGCAAGGAGCCCCUUCUGGAGGACAGCAGUGUGUGAGGUGGGACAGGGGACCUGCCUGGGGCUCGACUCCACAUCAAGGAUGGACUCAGCAGGAGUUCAGGGAAGGGGAGAGGGAUCCAAGGUAACAGACUGUGCCACUAACAGCUACUGAGGAGGGAUGAGGUUUCCCUUCGAGCCAAAUACACCCAGCUGGUGCAAAAAUGGAAUUGUAUCACCUGGUGCUGAUGGAAAGGGGAGAUAGGGAACUGCUCCACUGGAGGGAUAGUUCUGGAAAGCAAACCUGCCCUUGUGAGUGACCCCUGUGUGCCCUGCCAAACCCUCUGCCUGGGCUGUGCUUGGUGGGAGCUGCCCCUGGAAUCAAAUCUGGCAUUUGUUCCAUGCCCCAUCCCUGCCAGAGCCGUUCCUGCUGCUGGCCCUGGCAGCCCUGCAGGCUGUGGUGGCACCCUGAGGGGACAGGGGCUGGGUGAGGCGCAGGGGGUGCAGCCCUGAGCUUCCUCUCUGCCCCAAGUGAGACUCAGACCAAAAAAAUCUAAAUCUGCUGACUUCAUGUUCUGAUGAAGAGGAUAAAAAUGAAGAAGUUGCAGCUGAGAAGGGCAACUCCAUGAAUUACAAACACUUGGAUGGCCACAAUGGCUGUGGUUCUGUUUGCUUUUCUUUUUUCUUGUCACUCUGAGGUGGCAUUUGCCUGUUGCCUCCACAGGCAGUAGGUAGAAUUUAUUUUCAGAAAUCUUUUCCUGGAGCUGUGAGGGUUGUUUAGGAGAUACAGUUCUCUGGCAGGUUGGAGAAACAGCUUGGCUGUGCUGAGCACUUUGGAGAUGAGUGGUUUCCUGGGAGAAAGGUCAGAGAAAUGUCUGUUUACCUUUAGAGCAUUGUAUAAAGCAUGCUGGUUUGCCCCUGGGCUCCUACCAUCUGAUGCUAAACCCAAAGAGUGUCCAGAGCUGGUUUGUUCUCAACCCAAUAGAUUCUGAUGGUGAAGGUUGUGUUGAUUUGGACUUAGGGGUUUGGAUGCCAUGUGGCAUUUCUGAGCCUGCUUUUGUUUGUGGAACAGUGGAACUGCAACCUGUGCUGCAGGCUCAGCUGUGCUCAGAAAGAGCAGGAGGUGGUGAAAGGAGCUGAGGCAAACAGGGAAUGUGUGGUUGUUUAUAGAAAUGUGGCAGAGGGCAGGAAACAAAUUGUUCUGAUUUGAGUAAAUAAGAAGUGGUGGCAUUGAGCAGUUCUGGGAAGUAAGGACCAAACCAAGGACACUUCAGGAAUCCUUUGUGAAAGGAAUUGAGGGUGCAGCAGCCAAACCAGUCUUGCCUUGGCUGUUCUCUGCCUGGGGUCCCCUCUCUGUGGGUUUGAGGAACGUUACCCAGGGGAGAGCAGCCAAAGGGGAGGCACUGCUGGCCCUUUGCAGACACACAGCAGUGACUGCAAAUGCCAUCUGGUUAUCAGAGGUGGGUAUUUAAAUAAAAGAGUUGGCAGUUUGUUCUGCAUUGAUCUGGCAGCUCCUGUGCUCAGAACCAGGAGCAGCUGGGACGCUGAGGGAUGCUGAGAUGGGUCUGGCUGCAGGUCUGGGGAGGAGCAGAGCCAGCAGAAACUUCCUUGACCUGCCAUGACUCCAUUUUUCCCUUCCCAUGAGCUCCUUGUGGUGACACUCCCAAUUCCCAAACAUUAGUGGGAUGGUCAGUACUGUGUGUGCAUGGCAAGCUUUUAUCCUGAAGGAAAUCCUGUCACUUGCACUUCCAGGCAGCAGUUCCCCCACCUCUGUUCCUCACAAAAAUGCCUUUUUUAGACGGGGCUUUCCCCAAGUCCUGGCAAUCUGUUGAUUUAUAUAGGUUAAAGUGAGCUGAAGUAGGAUUUCCCCUCACACACAGAUGAAGUAAAAAUAUGGAAUUGUUACCUCAGAGCUUCACGGGUACAAUACAGCGACACGUUACAAAAAGAUGAGCAUAAUUUAUAUGAUAUAAAGUAUAUAGAGAUAUAUUUUUAAAAGUCCUCUCCCUUAUUGCAUAGUUUAUUGAAACCAAUGUGUUUCUGGUCCCAUUCCCUCUCACCACUGCUGCUGCCUGUGGCUUCUCAGCCUCUCCUUCCCCUCAGACCCCAGAACUGUCCAGAAUUUUCCCUCCCAGCUCAUGUCCCUCACCCCUGAGCUUCUGGUGAUGCUUCUGGACAUGUGCAUGGUGGGCCUGGAGUGUUUUGGUCCCACUGGUCACCAGUGGGGAUAUGGCAGUGGGUGGAUGGAGGGGGGUACAGCACCAGGCAGCAGCAGGACCUCUCCAGGUGCCAUCCCCAACAGAAAAGUGGCUUGUGCUGGUGUGCAGAGCUGGCAGCAGGGGCUCUUUGAAGGUGCAGGGAGCAAGCAGGGAUCCCCUCCCACCUUGUUGGGGUUCCUCUCACCUGGUUUGGUGGGGCCUUGGCCCGGUGCCUCCCCUUCCCUCCUGCUCUGCCUUGAUGGGACAGAGCAGGAGCUGGGCCAGGCAAUGCUGGAGCUGAAGUUACCAGAGCCAGAUGAAGAACAACUUGUUCUGAAGGGCUGGUGCUUCUGCAGCAUCCCACGUGGAGGCUGGAAAGGCUGUGUGGAGCAUUCAGCUAGUUUUUGCCAAUUCUUGUUACUUUCUAUGAAAACGCAACUUUUUAAAAAGGAGUCUUUUCUUAAAAUCUGCUUGAUCUGCUGUGCAGUGCCUGAGCCUGGCUGUUUAACGUUGGGAUUCCCAGGAUUUGUCUGCAGGGACUUAAAAAAUCUGGGAUGGUAACAGCAAUGCCCAAACACAAGGCAAAAAUCAUCUCAGUUGCCUGUCAGCAGUCCUGGCAGGUCAAGUGAGUUUCAGCUGAUCUUGUUGCAUUAAAAACCUGAGUUACACCAUUGCUUUCUCUUCUGUCAUUAAUUUUGCUAAGUAGGAACUUUUUACUUCCCUGUUUUUAUUCUUUUUCUGCAUUCCAAAGGCUGUUGACAGCUGUGGUAUCUUCAAAGCGUGGGCACUUGGCCCCACCUCUGCUCUCUCACAGUUCACCAUCACGUGUGUUUGUGUCUCUUUUUUUUUUUAAGCUAACGAUAAAAUGUAUUUAUUUUGGUUCAGGUUGUGUUUGGAACUGGCUAAUCUCUCCCUCUGAUGGAUUAUUUAUUAAACUGCUGCUUUCCUGUUGUGUCAAA